AUGGCAAGAUUCAUUUCCUCAGCUCUCUUCUUAACCCUUUACCUCCUCUUACUAUCAUCAACAAAUGCUAUUGAUAUCAAUGUCAUCACUGAUUUUGGGGCAAUAGGGGAUGGCAUAACAGAUGUGAACCAUGCUUUUUUAUCAGCUUGGGAAGCUGCCUGCAAAUCAUCAGAGGCAUCGACGAUACAUGUACCACGUAAGGGUCGGUUCUUUCUUAGUCCAAUUGUGUUCCAAGGUCCAUGCAAUAACUCGAAGAUCACAUUUCGAAUGGACGGAAUCGUUGUUGCUCCUGACUACAAGAAGAUGCCAAGUUCUGAUAAUUGGAUUAUGUUCUAUGGUGUCGACGGGGUGUCCAUCAUUGGAAGUGGAUAUCUUGAUGGCCAAGGCACCACCUUGUGGGCAUGCAAAGCCGCUGUGAAUACGAAUUGUCCCACCGGUGCAGCGUCACUUGCGUUCUAUAGCUCGAAAGACAUAUUAGUGCAAAAUGUGAAAUCGACCAAUGCGAAGCUCUUCCACAUUGUCGUGUAUUCAUCCCAAAACGUAGCAAUUCAAGGAGUGAACAUCAAUGCCCCAGGUGAUAGUCCAAACACAGAUGGUAUACAUGUCCAAGAUUCAGUUAAUAUUCAAGUAUUCAAUGCGAGCAUCAAAACCGGAGAUGAUUGCAUUUCGAUCGGACCGGGCACACAAAAUAUGACAAUACAACGUAUUGCAUGUGGUCCUGGACAUGGUAUAAGCAUUGGGAGUUUGGGGUCGGGAGAAGAAGAAGAAAUAGUGCAAAAUGUGGUGGUGAAGAGUGUAGUUUUCAAUGGAACUCAAAAUGGGCUAAGGAUCAAAGCUUGGGGAAAGCCUAGUAAUGGAUUUGUGAAAGGAAUAGUUUUUAAGCAAGUUGUGAUGAAAAAUGUCCAAAACCCAAUUGUUAUUGAUCAAAACUAUUGCCCUCAUAACACAGGUUGCCCUAAUCAGAAUUCUGGAAUACAAAUAAGUGGAGUGACAUACACAAACAUAGUAGGGACAUCAGCAACUGAAGUAGUCAUGUUCUUCAAUUGUAGUGCAACCUCACCAUGUAAAGGGAUCGGUUUGCAAGAUAUAAAGCUCACUUACAUUAAUCAUCAACCUGCACAAUCCUUCUGCAAGAAUGUACAUGGAAACGCUGCUGGUGUAGUCUCUCCACCAAGUUGUCUUUAG